AUGUGCACAAAACAAGCAGUGAACAAAAAAGGACCUCAACAGUGGAUUAUCAAACCGAAACGCCCAAACAAAAGAGGUCGUGAGUGCUCGAAACGCCCACGGAGAGAAUUUCACGAGUGUACGCUCCUGCCUUUGACACAUCCGCUCGUGUACAUGUGGGCCGCAAAGAGGAACGAAAGGUUUUGGGGAAGUACCCGGAAUGAUAAACCAUCUUCACAACUCGAGCAAGGACACAACAAGUGGCGAUCAAGAGCUCAGAGGAAAGAAGACCGAGUAGCAGCCCGAUCAAGAGCUCAGAGGAAAGAAGACCGAGUAGCAGCCCGAUCAAGAGCACAGAGGAAAGAAGACCGAGUAGCAGCCCGAUCAAGAGCACAGAGGAAAGAAGACCGAGUAGCAGCCCGAUCAAGAGCACAGAGGAAAGAAGACCGAGUAGCAGCCCGAUCAAGAGCACAGAGGAAAGAAGACCGAUUUUGGGGAAGUACCCGGAAUGAUAAACCAUCUUCACAACUCGAGCAAGGACACAACAAGUGGCGAUCAAGAGCUCAGAGGAAAGAAGACCGAGUAGCAGCCCGAUCAAGAGCUCAGAGGAAAGAAGACCGAGUAGCAGCCCGAUCAAGAGCACAGAGGAAAGAAGACCGAGUAGCAGCCCGAUCAAGAGCUCAGAGGAAAGAAGACCGAGUAGCAGCCCGAUCAAGAGCUCAGAGGAAAGAAGACCGAGUAGCAGCCCGAUCAAGAGCUCAGAGGAAAGAAGACCGAGUAGCAGCCCGAUCAAGAGCACAGAGGAAAGAAGACCGAGUAGCAGCCCGAUCAAGAGCACAGAGGAAAGAAGACCGAGUAGCAGCCCGAUCAAGAGCACAGAGGAAAAAAAGACCGAGUAGCAGCCCGAUCAAGAGCACAGAGGAAAGAAGACCGAGUAGCAGCCCGAUCAAGAGCACAGAGGAAAGAAGAUUUUGGUUUAGUUUUGGGGAAGUACCCGGAAUGAUAAACCAUCUUCACAACUCGAGCAAGGACACAACAAGUGGCGAUCAAGAGCUCAGAGGAAAGAAGACCGAGAGCACCCAAAAAAGAGCUCGAGGAAAGAAGACCGAAGCACAGAGGAAAGAAGACCGAGUAGCAGCCCGAUCAAGAGCACAGAGGAAAGAAGACCGAGUAGCAGCCCGAUCAAGAGCUCAGAGGAAAGAAGACCGAGUAGCAGCCCGAUCAAGAGCUCAGAGGAAAGAAGACCGAGUAGCAGCCCGAUCAAGAGCUCAGAGGGAAUAA